AUGUCGUCCACAACGAUGCUGCCGUUCCUCUACCAAACCAGGACGAUUCAGCGCCUGUCCCGCACCACUCUCAAGACAACAGCACUUCGCGCCUAUUACAGAUCCGAGUCCAAUCCUGAUUCUCGCUCGCCUCCGUCCCGUGCCCGAAGAAUACCCCCUACGAUGCUUAGCAGAGACCCUAUCCCCUUCGACCUCCCAACUCAAGAAUUCCAGAAGCCCAGGCGGAAAUGGCAACCAGAAGACCUCGGCGACGGGCAAAAAACAACCCUGACCCCUACAGAGCGCUUCGCCUUCGACACCAUCUUCCAGGACAUCGUCAAGAAGAACAAGCCUACAGAAGACGACCCGUUGGAGAUAAGCGUCAAGGACCCCGGCCCCGAAGCCGCCCACAACACCGUCAAGAUUCUGCUCCAAGACGCCGCCGCCGCCUACACCAAAGAAUGGCGACCCGUCCAGCGCCCCUUCGACCCCCUUUCACCUGUUGAACAGACACAACGUGCCGUCGACCGUGACAGCGCCCUCUUGCGCUUCCCUCCAAGCUUGCGACAGGCCGCCCGCGUGGCCCUUGGCAUCCUCGAACAAGACAAGGGGACCGGCAGAGCCUCGAUCCUCAACAACCCCAAGACUGCCGAACAGGUCCAAGAACAACUCCCCGCCGGCUCCCUCAGCAAACAAGUCGCCGAGGAGGCCAUGAGACGCGAGAAACGCACCCAAGUCGAGUCCAAAAUGAGAGCUGCCACCUCUGACUUCCAGUUGUGGGACAUCCUGGAAGAGGAGGUCUUCUCCAUGGUUAAGAAGCUGGGAAUUACCGACCGUUCCGCAGUUUCCAAAACGCCCGCGAAGAAGUCGGGAUGCAAGACCAAGGAGGUGCAAGAAGAUGGAGACUACGAGUACGGAUACGAGUUCGAACCCGGCCAGGAGAGGCUCUCCAUGCAUCUCUACGGACCUUUGUACCCCGCCUACCUCCUCUACGGUCUGCGCCUUCUGGACACCUCGUUCUCCCGCUCCUCGCCGUUGGCGCUGAACGUGCUCCCCCGCAUCAAGGAGCUCGGUUUGGCGAGCUACGUCCUCGGCGCCAGCACGCCGUUUUACAACCUCCUGGCCCACAUCCACUGGCACCGCUAUGGCGACGCCGAGGCUGUCUUCAACUUGCUGGAAGAGAUGCGCUUUGCCGGUCUCUAUGCCAAUGAAGACUCGCUGGCCGUUGUUCACAGCAUCGAGACGCACUUCUUGAGGUCGGACAGGGGGCGGAUGGGACCGUUCAUGGAGGAGUUGGUGAGCUUGCCCGAGUACGAGUUUGCCAUCAAGCCGAGGAUCCGCCAUUGGUCGUCUACCAUCGGUAUCCAUAUCCAGGAGAGGCAGCGCCAUCUUCAGCUUUGA